UGAAGACACAUGUUAUGGCAGAUGAAAGUUUCAGUAGUCUUACUGGCAGUGUUGGUGCUGGUGUAUCUAGUGGUUUAGUUGCUGGAAGUGCUGGUUUGUUGGUACAGAGAAGACUGGGUGUGUAUUACACUGCUGCACAAGACGACUCAGGAGGAAGAGAAAACUUUGAUUUCAACGAUAUCGACGAUGAUGUUCAGUUUGACACUUCAGAUUCAGACAACAACUGUGAGGUGCUAAUGGCGGGGAGACAGUACCCAUCCAUUCAGGAGUUUGCUUCUGCCAUCCCUAACCACCUGCUGCUGGGCUCUCUGCUGGAACACCUCUGCUUUGUGUAUGAGAAAGACCCGGCACAGUCUCGCAUGCUGUUCAAGGUGAUUGGUCAGCGUCUAGCAGCAAUGAACCUCCUCUCUCCACUGGCCAUCAACGAUGAGUUCAGUUCAGUGCGACUGCAGCACAGACGAGCUUUUGUUGAACUUCUCCAUGCAGCCAGUUCCUCACCCUUUCAUCAGGAUAACAGGUACUUGAAUACUGACAGCCAGAAUCCUGUGCUAAGAACAAAAGAUGGGCUUUUCCAAGCACAAACCUCUCGCUACCUCAGUGAAUUUGAUAAAAUCUCAACUUUGGGCAAAGGAUCAUAUGGAAAAGUCUUUAAGGUGAAAAACAAAUUGGAUGGUCAGGAAUACGCUGUGAAGAAAAUACUCAUCAGGAAUGUGACAAGGGAUGAUUGUAUGAAGGUUCUUCGGGAGGUCAAAGUGCUUUCCAGUCUUCAGCAUCCCAAUAUAGUCGGCUAUCACACUGCAUGGAUGGAGCAUGUACAGCCUGCUGUAAACAAUAAUAAACAAGUCUUCUCAACUACAAUUCCAGCUUUAGAAGCCUCAUUACAAAUAGAAAGACUUGUGGAGGAGGGCAGCAGUAGCACAACUGGGUCAUCCAUUGUUUUUGAAAGUUCUGAAUGUUCAAAAGACAGAAAGUCUACAUCUGAGAAUAUGUCUGUGAACUCUACCACAGCAAAAGAGGAGAUUCAGGCUGUGUGCCUCAAAAAUGUGCGCCAACCACAGAACUUUGUUCCAUGUGUGUUUCUGGGAAAAACUUACUCUGCUGUGGAUGCCUGUCCAGCCCUUAGCUUGGACAAAUCAACACUAUCAGAAGAUGACCUCAGUCAAAACAGUCAACACUGGGCUAAAAAAGAUCCAAAUGAGCAGGUUCAGUUCCACUUGAUGCUCUACAUUCAGAUGCAGCUGUGUGAACGUUCUUUAAAAGACUGGAUUCAGGAAAGAAACUUUAGGCCCGAGUCAGAACUCACAACAUUAUCGGAUGCUUUUCAGUCUGAAGCAUCUAAUAUUUUGAAGAAAAUACUUGAAGGGGUGGAGUACAUUCACUCCUGUGGCAUCAUGCACAGAGACCUUAAGCCAAGAAAUAUUUUCCUGCAUGGGAACGAGUGUCAUGUGAAAAUAGGAGAUUUUGGGCUGGCUUGUAAAGAUAUUGUACUAAAUGACAAUGAGCAGCUAUCUUCCACUUCUCCUGUAGCUGUAAAUACAGAGAUUGUGCACACUACAGGAGUGGGUACGUUUGUCUAUGCCUCUCCAGAGCAGCUGGAGGGCUCUAAUUAUGACUCAAAGUCUGAUAUGUAUAGUGUUGGGGUGAUUGCUGUUGAGCUGUUCCAGCCUUUUCAGACAGAGAUGGAGCGUGUCCACACACUUGGGCACCUGAGGCAGGGGAAGGUACCAGACACCCUGUCUAUAAACUGGCCAGUCUUGACCAAGUAUGUUAGAUUGCUGACCAGCUCUGACACAUCUGUGAGACCAAGUGCUUCUGAACUACUUCAAAGUGAUCUUUUCAGCGACAAAGACAUGGAAAUCCACAAUUUGCAGAGGAAGAUUGAUGAACAAGAGGAGGAACUUCUUCAACUCAGAAGACAGAUAAGCGAGCUGCAGAGCUCCCAAAGUCAUGCAGACAAACCAGAAAAGACUUAGCUCUAAUCAUUGCUUAUACUUUGCUAAACCCAUGUUAAACAGAACAAAAUCAUGGUUAUUACCUAACAGUGAAAACUCAAACUUAUAUAGGAAAAUCUCACUUUUUGUAUAUUGUCUGUCUUCAACAACUCUGAACUAGCUAGUGUCUUUUCUCACUUUGUACUGAUAAAAUGUGAUUUCAUAAAUGUAAACAAACUUUUUAUCACACUGGUUUACAAUUGGGCAAAAGCAAGUGGACGAAGUGUGUUUUCAAAGUUGAUUUAGUCCAAAUUUGCCAUCCUACUCUACUGUACAUUUAUUAAUUUAUUUAUUUUAACCAACCACUUCAUCCUGGUUAGGAUCACAGACACACUGGACAGGGCACCAAUCCAUAGUGGCUUGACUGUACAUUAUAAUUAUACAGCAGAAGUGAUGGAAGUAAAGUCUUCAUGCUACCAUUUAUACAAGCAUUCAAUGGUUGGAAAAUGCUUUCAGUUUCUCUUUGUUAAUAUUUUUCAGUCCUGCAGUUACUGCUUUGUAAAGAUGGUGUGAAUGGGUGUGAGUGAAGCUUUAAUUUAAAAUUGUUUAGUUGAUAAAA